CUAUAUUAAAGCUUGCCCACCCCCGUUCCUCCAUUCCUUUACCCAAAAAAACUUGGCCAAGUUUCCAUCUCUCUCAUCCCUCCAAUAGAUUACACAGUUGUCUACAACACAACCUACUUUUUUGAGCUUUUCCACCACUAAAAAACAGUAAUUAACGUUUGUUGCUUUUCUUGUUUUUGGAUUGUUGUAGAUCCACAAAGAAGAAAAAAGAUGAUUCAAGAACUGUUAGGAGGUGCUGGAUUAUUAGGAGAGAGAAAAAUCUCUGUUCCUGGAGCCCUACAAGGCUCCCCUUCUCUCUCUCCUUCUCCUUCUCCUUCACCUUCACCAUCUCCUUCUUCUUCUACUACUGCCCAUACCAGUACAACAACGUCGGAAAAUCAGAAUCUGAGAUGCCCACGAUGCGAUUCUUCGAAUACCAAGUUCUGUUACUACAACAACUACAACCUCACUCAGCCUCGUCACUUCUGCAAGACUUGCCGGCGAUAUUGGACCAAAGGAGGAGCCCUUCGGAAUGUUCCCAUCGGCGGCGGUUGCCGGAAAAACAAAAACACUAGUGUUACAACACCGGUCGGAAAGUCAAGCGCCGGAAAGAUGAAGACCAUGUCCUCAGAGUUUGGAAAAUCGGGUUUUAUUAGUGGGUUCGAUCAUGAGCUUCCACCGAAUCCUAUUCUAUGGGCCUCACCGCAGAGUUCUCAUCUUCUCUCCUUGCUGAGAGCAACCCAAAACCCUAACCCUAAUCCAAUCUCAAACUUCAUUACUAUGAAAGAUGAAGGUGUUAUGAUUGGAACCCACAUGGUCUCAGAGCCAAUGGUUGGUUCUGGACAUCCUGGUCCAUUGAAUGCUCGGGCUCUUGGUUUUGAUCCUAUGAACCAGGCUCCGUCCAUAGGUCUGUGCAGCUCUUUCUGGAGAAAUAAUCAAAAUCAAGCUCAACAGCACCAGCAAAACCACCAGAUUCAACAGCAAAGUGGUUUCGUUCUGAGUGAAGUUCAAAACACGGGGUUUCAAGAACUGUAUCAGAGACUCAAAUCAUCAACUGGGUAUUACCCAGAACACUCACCAGUGCUUCUCGGUAAUGUGGCUUCCUCAUCUUCACCUGCUUCAACCAUUUUGGACUCAGCUCCAGUUGCUGGAGCUGAAUUGGGCUACUGGAACAAUCCAACGCUUUCAUGGUCUGACUUACCAACAACCAAUGGUGCAUAUCCUUAAGAGCCCUUUUUUUAUAUAUUCACUUUCAACUUCAUAAGAUAGGGAUUGUUGAUUAAUGUUGUGGUCGUUUUGGGUGUGGCAUAUGAGCAUGGUUUUAGCAUUAGUUUGUGUCUUUGUUUCUCUCUCUUAUGUAUGCGUGUUUUCUAGGUGUGUUUGGUUUAUGAGGUUGUAUUAAGGAACCCCAAAAGUGUUAAAAAUGGAAGGUUUUAGGUGUUUCUGUGUGCUUUCUUGAUGUUGCAUGGCGUUUAUCUAACGGGCAAUGCUGCUGAGAACCUAAUUUAGG